AUGCUCUCCAAUUCUUGGCUGCUAGAGAUUCACCAAGAGAGCCACAUCCAGCUGCAAGCAUAUUGGGAAUUGAAUACAAUCAUUAAAAAAGUCGGGUACUACACAGUUACCACUUAUAGUGGCUCUAUGCUCGACGCUCGCAGACGGCGCCUCGUGAAUGGACUGCCAUUGUUGAUUUUGAAUAGUAAGAGUUUGAAAUAUAAGCCAUGCACUAGUAUGUACUGCAAAGAUGAAAUAUUUGUCAAUGUGUACUUGACUUCUGACUACAAGUUGAAUAAGAAAACAAACAGUAGUAACACCCGAUCCUCAGAUCCACAAUGGAGGUAA